UAGGAGGUGGUCUUGAUGCUUUGUCUGGUUUCAGAUAUGGCGAAUAUGUACACGCUACUGCGGGCCGUGUCCAGCGGCUUACCUCACAUGAUCCAAGAGCUCCAGGUCCACAUCCAUGAAGAGGGUCUCAGAGCCACCAGUAACCUCUCUCAGGAAAACAUGCCAACCCAGUUUGUGGAGUCCGUGUUAGAGGUUCAUAGUAAAUUUGUCCAGUUGAUUAACACAGUGUUGAAUGGGGACCAACACUUCAUGAGUGCUCUUGAUAAGGCCUUGACUUCAGUAGUGAACUUCAGAGAGCCCAAAUCCAUCUGCAAAGCGCCUGAGCUGCUGGCCAAGUACUGUGACAACCUGUUGAAGAAAUCUGCGAAAGGAAUGACGGAGAAUGAAGUUGAGGACAAACUGACCAGCUUCAUCACAGUCUUCAAAUACAUCGACGACAAAGAUGUGUUUCAGAAGUUUUAUGCCAGGAUGCUGGCAAAGAGGUUAAUACACGGACUUUCAUUAUCCAUGGACUCCGAGGAAGCCAUGAUCAACAAACUGAAGCAAGCGUGUGGCUAUGAAUUCACAAGCAAACUGCACAGAAUGUACACUGAUAUGAGCGUCAGCACGGACCUCAACAACAAAUUCAACAACUUUAUCAAAACCCAGGAGACCGUAGUGGACCUGGGCAUCAGCUUCCAGAUCUACGUAUUACAGGCGGGUGCGUGGCCCCUCACACACGUUCCCUCUUCCACAUUCGCCAUCCCACAGGAGCUGGAGAAAAGUGUACAAAUGUUCGAGUUGUUUUAUAACCAGCACUUCAGCGGAAGGAAGUUGACCUGGCUACAUUAUCUCUGCACAGGUGAGGUGAAGAUGAAUUAUCUGUCCAAGCCGUAUGUGGCGGUGGUGACCACCUAUCAGAUGGCCGUGCUGCUGGCGUUCAAUAACAGCGAGACCGUGAGCUAUAAAGAACUGCAGGACAGCACGCAGAUGAACGAGAAGGAGCUCCAGAAGACCAUUAAAUCUCUGCUGGACGUCAAGAUGAUCAGCCACGACUCUGAGAAAGAGGAAAUUGAGGCAGAAUCCACUUUUUCCCUAAUUAUGAGUUUCACCAGUAAAAGAACAAAGUUCAAGAUCACAACGUCAAUGCAGAAGGACACACCACAGGAACUGGAACAGACGAGGAGUGCCGUGGAUGAAGACAGGAAAAUGUAUUUACAGGCUGCUAUAGUGAGGAUUAUGAAAGCCAGGAAAAUCUUGAGACACAACGCCCUCAUACAGGAGGUAAUCAACCAAUCCAAAGCGAGAUUCAGCCCGAGUAUCAGCAUGAUCAAGAAGUGCAUUGAGGUUCUUAUCGACAAGCAGUACAUCGAGCGCAGCCAGAGCUCUGCGGAUGAAUACAGCUAUGUCGCAUAAAACCAUAAUAAUUUAAUGAAAGAAAAUCAACGCCGUGAAGCGUGAACGGUUAAGAUGUGUUUUAUUUUCGGCUCUGGCUGGCUCCGGCACUCGACCAUCGGAUUGAAUCGGGACUCUGUGCCUCCAUCUUUGUUAUCGGGCCUCUGAGUCGCUGGACGGUCAUACUUCAUCUCUCCACCCCCCCGCCCUCCUCCUCCUCUUCCUCCUUCUGAUUUUAUGCUGUUUACAUCACCAGUGCCACGCUCAGUGCGUCUACCAAACGAGAAGAAUGCCUAUAGCUACUCCAGUGUAAAAGGAUAAUACAUUUUUAGACGUAAUCUACAAGAGAAAGCGAGCGAAUGAAAUGCAUCACAUAGAGCAAAACAAGUGAAAAGUUUGAGAAACGGCCGGAAAAAAAACAACCACGCUUUCUUUUUCUCACGUUGCAGUUGUUGUGUGUAUUCUUUUUUUAAUGUAUCAAAGUAAAAAGAAAUAUUGUAAUAAAACCGGUAUACUGAUAAUUGCAUUUACUUUCGAAAUAUAAGAGGUGACAAACAUGAUUCUGCUGCUUGUCAAAUAAACAAAUAAAAACACACUUUUUCGUAAA